AUGCAUAUAUUGAAACUUCCAUGGCUCUGUCAUGAAGUUUAUUCAUUAACAAUAAGUCCCGAUGGUUCAAGACUAGCAUCAGGUGGGUUAGAUGGUAAAGUUAGAAUAUGGUCAGUUGCAGAUAUAUUAAGAUUCAAGAAUCCAAACCAAGAAAAAGAUGAAUCAUGUAAACCAUUAUGUAGUAUGAGUCGUCAUACAGGUGCAGUUACUGUUGUUAAAUUUUCUCCAGAUGGUAGAUUCUUAGCUUCAGGUUCUGAUGAUAAAGUUUUGUUAAUUUGGGAAAAAGAUGAAGAAAGUAGACCUGUCUUUGGUGAAGCUGAAAAUGCAGAACAUUGGACUGUUACCAAGAGAGUAGUUGCACAUGAAAAUGAUAUCCAAGAUAUGGCAUGGGCUCCAGAUUCAAGUAUUUUAGUUACUGUUGGGUUAGAUAGAUCAAUUAUUAUUUGGAAUGGUACUACAUUUGAAAGAAUUAAAAGAUUUGAUGUUCAUUCAUCUUUGGUUAAAGGUGUUGUUUUCGAUCCAGCAAAUAAAUAUUUUGCAACAAGUUCAGAUGAUCGUUCAGUAAGAAUUUUUAGAUAUCACAAAGGUUCAGAAAUUUCCUUUUCAAUUGAAAAAAAUGUUUUACAACCAUUUAAGAAAUCUCCUUUGACAACUUACUUCAGAAGAUUAUCUUGGUCCCCUGAUGGUCAACAUAUAGCUGCACCAAAUGCAACAAAUGGUCCAGUCACCUCAACUGCAAUUAUAAAUAGAGGUACAUGGGAUUCAGAUAUAAGUUUAAUUGGUCAUGAUAGUCCCUGUGAAGUUGCAUGUUUUUCACCGGUACUAUAUCAAACAAAAAUUAACAAAGAAAUGAAAGUUUGUUCAACAUUAGCCACAGGUGGUCAAGAUAAAACCUUGGUUAUUUGGAAUACAGCAUCAGCAUCUCCAGUUGUUGUAUUGGAAGAUAUUUUUUACAAGACUAUAACAGAUUUAUGUUGGACUCCAAAUGGUGAUACAUUAUUUGCAUCUUCAUUAGAUGGCACUAUUGGAGUUGUAUGUUUUGAAAAGGAAGAAUUAGGUCAAUUUGUACCAACUGAAAAAACAGACGAGAUUUUGAAUAGAUAUGGUGUUGAUAAAGAAAGUACCGUUUUUGCAGAAAGUACAAAUCAAUUAAUCCUUGAAGAGAAAGCUCAAGAAUAUCAAAAAACUUUAUCUGAUAAACAUAUGGAUCGUCUAUUAAGUAUUGAACAGCCAACUUCACAUAAAUCACCUUCACCUGCUCCCCCUCCCCCGCCACCAUCGCUAUCUGCACCACCUCCAGCCAUACCGAAGCCUCCUUCUAUACCGUCAACAUCAACCACUCCACAACCCACUGCUUCCAAACCAGAUUCCAAAUUGAAUAAAGCUGUUAUUAAGAAUGGUAAGAAAAGAGUUGCACCAACAUUAAUCUCCUCAUCGGCAGCACCAUCAUCAUCUUCAUCAAACGGUACAACUAACAAAUUCAAAAACAUUACAGUAACAGCUAAAAAAAUCAAAGAAGAUAAAACUAGAGAUACAUUGUUAUCUAAAACUCCAUAUUCAUUACCAAAAUUUGGUGUUCAUACUUCUGUUCAUGGUUAUUAUGUUAAGAGAACAGUUGCAGAAGAGGAGGAAGAAGAAGAAGAAGGUGAUGAAAUUGAUGAAGAAUAUGAAGAAGAGGAUGAUGAAGAUGAAGAUGAAUUUUUAUUCACCGCUAAAAAACGUAAAUUAACUAAAGAUGAACAACCUAUAUUACCAUUAAAACCAAGUUAUGAUUCUACUUUAUUGGUUUAUAAAAGACUUGAUGAUGGGAAAGAUCGUGCUAUAUUAGAAGUUGAAAAUUAUGAAGAACCUGAAGAUGAAGAUCCUUCAAUAGUUAUUGCUAAAUUAAAUGGUGAAUUAUCAUUUGAAACUUUUUUACGUGAUCGAGUAUUAGCUAUUACAGGUGAAUUACAUAAAUAUUGGAUCUUGGCUACUGAAAGUUGUGCUAUAUUGAUUUAUUCAUUUACGGGAAGAUUAUUAUAUCCAAGGAUUGAGUUGGGGUUUAACGUGGGGUAUAUGACAUGUAAAGAUGAUAUUCUAAUGAUACUCACAGAAGACUAUAUGAUUCAUAGUUUUAAUUUGAACACUUUUACCAAAUUAACUAAAAAAAUUUCAUUAGCACCUAUAUUAAAUUAUGAAUAUCAAGUUAAAGAUAAGAAAACAUAUAUUCAAUCUAAAUUAGCAGAUUUAGAAUUGAAAAAUGGUCAAAUAUUGGCAUAUUUAAAAACAAAUGAAACUUAUUUAUAUAACAAUGAUUUGAAAAUAUGGACCAAAAUUAUUGAUAAUUUCCAUCAUAAAUUUAAUAAAUAUGAUUAUAUAUGGGUUGAUAGAUUUAAACCUCCAUAUAUUACACAAGAUUUUAAUGACUAUAAUAAUGACUUAAUUAAUAAUGAAACAAAACAAAAUGAAUUUGAAUAUAUCAAUAAAUUAACUUUUUUAGAAGGUUAUAAAGAUGUAUUAGCCCAACUUGGUGAAAAUGAUGGUGUUGAUAAAUUAGAUAAGGAUUUGGAAACCCAUAAACAAAAUGAACUAUAUAAAUAUGUUAGAACAUAA